GACAAAUGAAAGUCAGUUUAUUAUAACUAUUCUUGAAUCAAGAUGUUAUUUAUUCGAAGUUUUUUGGUGCUGGCUCUGAUCAUUUUAGUCGCUGUCAUAUUACCGAUUGAUGGUGGUAAUAUUCCGGAGCUAACUGAUCUCAUUGAAAAAGCAGAAGCUGCAGAGAAAGUCCUACAACGAAAUAUUCAAUUACGGCAUGAAAUUGAAGAGAUAAUUAGUGAAGCAAAAAGUAUUGCUGACAUCGUUGAGACAGCCACUUCAAGUGAUCCGUCCACAUCAAGGAGCAAAGAGCGGCAUGGAUCAGGAAAUGACGAUGUCGAUAACUUAAUAGAUCAAUGGCAAACGGGCAAUCUUCAACUAGCUGUACAUAAGCAACGUAUAAACAAAAUCAAUAAAAAUUUGCGUGAUAUGAAACAAGAGAUGAAUAAAAUUACGAAGGAUUUUACGCCAGAGGCUAAAGAAAUUGUUGGAAAAUUGGAAGCGGCACUUGCGAAAUUUCAUAGUUUACCUGUGAUGGGAUUCACACAGGGACCCUUGAAAAAUAUUGAUCCGAAAUUUAUAAGCCACCUGGGUAAAAAUAAAGGGCAAUCUAGCAAAAAGAAAGGAUCAAAUAAAUGAAACUAACUCGAUUUGAAUUAAACAUAUCAUUUACUUUUUGUUUAACUCAACAAACUGUAUGAAUUGUUUUUUGAACUUUUAAAUAAAAUGUUUCAAUUCAGUAAAAUUCACAAGAAAAAA